AUGGCGCCCUCAUCCUCAUCAAGAACUACCAUCGCUCCCCGGCGCGUGGUGAUGCGAUCAGACAAGUUGCCCGUAUCCCUUCGAUUGCGCAUCUGGGCCAGCCAGUACCUCUGGCCUGGCAGGAAUCGAGGAGGGAUGGGGAAUGUUGUCCGCCUACCAUUCAAAAAGGUCAUUAAGCUUAAUGCCUCCCGAAACGAGGUGGAAGCAAUGGAGUAUGUUCGCACCAAUACGUCGGUGCCUAUGCCGAAGGUGUACAAGGUAUACGAGCGGCCUGAUGGCGCUUUCAACAUUCUCAUGGAACAACUUCCAGGCAAUGGUAUCGACUACGCGAAUAUGAGCCCAGAGCAAGUUCGGGCAUUUGGCGAUGAGCUUGCCGGUUAUCUUAAUCAAUUACGGAGCCUCAAACCACCUGAGGAGGGCUUCAUCGGGUCGAUAGAUGGAAAAUCGUUGAUGGACCAUCGGAUUGGCAAUCUUCCCUUCGGGCCCUUCCACAAUGUGGACGACUUUCAUUCAUACCUGCGCCUUGGUGGGCGUCUUGACGAAUGGAUGUACGACCCAGUGGUCAAGACAAUUCAUGGAAAGUCAAACGCAUACCGCGUCAAGUUCACUCAUGCUGAUCUUAAUCCGUUCAACAUCCAAUACCACAAUGGAAAGAUCAGGGGCAUUCUCGACUGGGAAACUGCAGGCUGGUACCCUGAGUACUGGGAAUACACCAAGAUGUGGUUCGCCUAUCGUCCCCCGUUUGAACCCUUCUUCAAGGCCGUCGAGGGCAACCCAAACAUCGAUAAGUAUCCCGAGGAGCUCAAAGCCGAGCGGGAUAUAUGGCGACGCCUUAGCCCAUGGGCCUAUGAUAGCUUCUACGAACAGCCAAAAAACGUUGCCGCCUUCUAUGAAGUUAUAAAUGCCGGGAAAAGUCAGAAUGGAGAUGACGCAACUGGUGAUAGUGCGAGGUGA